CCUGCACGGCUCUUCUGGACCAAGACGGGACCUCCCUGGGAUAAAGCGUUCCUGUGGGUGCAGUUGCCCUGCCAUGGAGAACAGGUGCUACGGCUGCGCAUCCAAGUUCACUCUUUUCAAGAAAGAGUGUGGAUGUAAGAACUGUGGGCGGGCAUUUUGCUCAGGAUGUCUUGGAUUCAGUGCCAUUGUUCCCCGGUGUGGGAGUACUCAGCAGAAGGUGUGCAAGCAGUGUCACGGGUUGCUAACUGGAGGGGUGUCUCAAAGCAGCACAGCAAGAUGGUCCCCACCAGAGAACUACAAAAAGCGUGUAGCAGCUCUUGAAGCAAAGCAGAACCAGCCCAAGAGGCAGCCAAAGGGACCCACAAAACUCCAAGGCCCAGCAGAUCCGAAAUAUCAGGGGCUGUCAAAAGAGGACAGAGCUAUUGCUGAGAGGCUGGAGAGGCUCAAGGAGGACACAAAGCCCAAGUCCAUCCCAUCUCAGGCUGAGAUAGAAUCUAGGCUUGCAGCAUUGAAGCAUGAUCCCUGCAAACCUGUUCCAUCUACACAGGAGAUGGAGGACCGCCUGGCUGCCCUACAAGGGAGAGUCCUACCCUCCAAGGCUCCGAGACCGGUUCACCAGCCCCCAGACACCAGAACGCAGGUCCAGCAGACCAAUGACCUACUGACUCAGUUUGCUGAGGAAGUGGCUGUUGAUGAGUGGUGUAGUCCAGGAGUCCAGGCACAAGCUGUUAAUAUCCAGACCCUGAAUGAUCUCAAUCGCAAGAAUGAGAGUGAUAGCAGUUUUGGGUCCAAAUCUGUAAUGGAGAUAGAGGAGGAGAAGAAUAAACUUCUAGCAGAGGCUGCUACUGAGCUAAGGGAGGAGAACACUAGACAGGACAAGAUUCUAGAAGUUGCGAAGAGAUUGGCAGUACUCAGAGGCCAGGACCCUGAGAGAGUUACUCUGGAUGACUAUAAACUCCCAGACAGUGAUGAGGAGAUGGAUGAAGAGCAGGCCAUUCAGAGAGUCCUGAAGCAGCUUACAGAGGAAGCAGCUCUGGAUGAAGCAAGUGGUUUCAACAUCCCUCCAGAUCAAGCCACCCAGCCUGGAGUCUCACAGCAGAACCUACCCAAGAAAGCAAAGCAGAAGAGUCAAGCUCCAGCCAGCAUAACCACUGCUAAGAAACCCAGUUUGAUGGCUGAGGCAGAAGACAGUAAUGAGGAGGAGUUGCCAUGGUGCUGCAUUUGCAAUGAAGAUGCCACAUUACGUUGUCAUGACUGUGAUGAUGAUCUCUACUGUCAGCGAUGCUUCCGGGAAGGCCAUAAUGAGUUUGAACUGAAGGAGCACCACACAUCUAGCUACCGUCCUCUUCGCAAGCACAAAUGAGUCUGAGUCUUGGCCAGAAAGGAAGAUGGAAAAUGGAAAUGAAGAGGAGAAUUGUCCGGAUGAGAGAAAUCCAGGAGGGUUUGCAAUUGCAGUUGAAACUAGUGACCUCUUGAACAACUAAUGGGCUCUUGGUAGUUCUGGAGAAGCUUGAAGAAUCAUGUGAUCCUGUUGCCAAAACACAGCCAGGGAAAUGUUGCUGGGAAUGAAGUGUUAAACCCUCAUAUACCCCAUGCACACAUCAGGAAAUGGUUGCAGACAACAAGAAGUUAAACAGGUGGAGUUUAGAUAAUGCUAGAGCCACGGAUACAGCAUGCCUUUUAAGGCAGCAUGAGGCUGUGUGACGAAUCACUUCUUUCUUUUACUAAUAAUUUGCAUGCCUCUUCAAAAGAGAAGGUAAAGCAAGUCAUAGGAAGUCAGUUUUUCUUUGAUUUGAUGGAAUAUAUGAUGAAAAUUUUCGAAGUAUAAUAAAAGGUAUAAAAGAGGUAGGUGUUGUGAAAGCUUUCUUGGAAUUUAAGGAGUAUUAUUGUGCCAUAAUGUAUAUCCUCCAUUCUAAUGCCAGACAGAUCACAAUCAAAAUGGAAGAGUUUGCACUUCUUGAAAUACUCUUGGGCAGGUCUGGGAGACCUUGGGGUGGCCUUGUAUAACGUUGUGAAGAGGGUAUUAAAAAUACUUGCUGUGUUCCA